UGGCGAUGGCGCCAUGUGCGGCAUUCAAAUCGGUGCCUCCCCCUUUUGGUUGCAAGUUGGAAUUGUUGGGCGCUGCCGCACUCUGGCCGCGCUGCCGCUGCUGGCGCUUUUGUUUGGUGCAAGGAUUGAUGGCGACAACAAAUCCCACACCAUUCUUCUACCGGGCGCGCUUUUAAAGGGAACGCCUCACUGGAGCUUCUGCUGCUGUUAUCGCAUUAAUGGUGAUCGCAGUUCACACUGGAAAAGCAAUCGCUCAGCAAUGGACGGAUGCACAUGCAACUUUCUACGGUGGCAGCGAUGCUUCAGGCACAAUGGGAGGUGCUUGCGGGUAUGGCAACCUUUACAGCCAAGGAUACGGCACCAACACGGCGGCAUUGAGUACCGUGCUGUUCAAUUCGGGCCUGAGCUGCGGUGCGUGCUUCGAGAUUAAGUGCAACGCUGCAAAAGACCCGCAGUGGUGCCGAGCUGGAGCCUCCGUCACGGUGACAGCCACGAACUUCUGUCCUCCAAACUACGCUCAGGCCAACGAUAAUGGCGGCUGGUGCAAUCCUCCCUUGGAGCACUUCGACAUGGCCCAGCCAGCAUGGGAACAGAUUGGCAUCUACCGAGGAGGAAUUGUUCCCGUCCAAUACAGAAGGGUGAGCUGCGUGAAGAAGGGAGGGAUCCACUUCACGCUCAACGGGAACAAAUACUUCAUGCUGGUGCUCGUGAGCAACGUUGGAGGGGCCGGGGACGUGCGAGCGGUGUCGAUCAAGGGGCCGAGCGGCGACUGGCAGCCAAUGUCGAGGAACUGGGGCCAAAACUGGCAGAGCGAUAGCAGGCUCAUCGGGCAGAGCCUCUCGUUCCGCGUCGUGACGAGUGACAAUCGAGCGGUCACGUCGCUCAACGUCGCACCGGCGGGGUGGAGCUUUGGCCAGACUUUCAGUGGAGAACAGUUUUGAAAGGAAGGCUCUCUCUUUAGUUUUUGUCCUCUCCCGAGUUUGAGAUGGAAACCUCGUGCCAUCCAUCGGGAUUAAAGUAUAUAGAAAUAUUGAUUUGCUAUAAACAGAAAAAAUAAAAGUGAUGUUCAUAAUCUCAAA